CAACUACCACAACGCACACGGAAUCGAUUCUCGGAAAGCAUAUCAACAAAGUACGAACUCAGUUGCUUUAAUCUACACAUAUUUCCCACAGAUUCUUGCUGCACGCCAUUAAGUGAGCUUUUAGAAUUUUGGAGACUGCGAAGUACACCAGAUCUAACGUCAGUUGAUUAAAAGAUGCCAGCAACAUUCGCUUUAGCGACUAUGGCAGCUACCGUGGCUGUGGGGUUAAUAAGUGUUGUACUCAAAGCCGCGUGGGGUGAUGAAGAGCCGGCGAAAAAAGGAGGAAGUGAAAGUCACAAACAAAGCGCUGCAGGGAGUGGAGGGACGAGGUCACAACAGAGAGAAAAUGGAAGUCUGAAUCGUAGGGAAGAAGGUGUUAGAAAAACCAGAACACGAGAAGACGAAGAGAGAGCCAGGAAAAGAAGAGGAGAAUCCUUAUCCCUUCUUGGCGAUAGCAAGUCUACACCAUACCUCUGGCAGUUCAAAGAAGCAGAUUCUCAUGCUUGGAAAAAUUUCGGCCCCUCUGACAAUGUUGUCCUGGAAGAGCUUUAUUGCAACGUGAACAAUGUGGAGGUUGAAAUAGAACUUGAAGACACCACAAUAAGACAUUCAAGAAAGCUGUCAGGAAAGAUGUCAGCCAAUUUUCACACAAUGUCCAUGAGCUUGUUCUCCCCCUUUAACCACUUUUUGAUCCGUCGACGUUCAACACCGUCUUACAUCAAAGAACGCGGCAACAAUUUUCCUACACUGUGGGUUUGGUAUUGGGAAGACAUCGAUGGAUGGAAAAAAUAUGCCGAAACGAAUGUAAGUAGGAGGGUCUUAAUGGGGUGAUGGCUUUUACGGCUAACGGUUAAAAUUUUGACCAAUGUACGGCUAACGGUUAACAUUUUUCCAUUGUCUCCAUCAGACAUAUUUUUUACGGUUAA